CUCCGAGUCGUCUGUCGAUGGAGUUAAUCAUUGCUCGUCUGACUGUGAUGAAGUUUUUGGGCUGAAGGGACAAAGAGCAGAACCCUGAGGAACAUCUGCAGCAGUCAUGAAGGUCCUCUGUGUUUUCAUCUUCACGUGUCUUCUCUUCCAGACCGCCAGUCUGCAGGAACAACAACAAGUAAAUCUGCUCCUGAAGCCAGGUUUACCAACUUCAGCUGAAAACGGUGAUGCAGACUCGGGGAGCACAAUAAAACCAGAUCCAGUCAAAGACUCAGAGCAAGAGUCCACCCGAACAGAGUCAGAUGUUGUGAACCCUGAACCACGGACCACAGACUCACAGUCUGAACCCCCAAAAGACCCCGAUGAGGACUUCUUGGGUCCGGCCCAGUGUCUGAAAGAGAAAUACACUCGCUCGUCCUGCUCUAAAGUCUUCUGUCCUCCGUGGAGGCGAUGCAUCGCGGGACAGUGUGUCUGUAAGAUGCCGUACAAAUGUCCUCGGCAGAAAACGAGCGCCUGUACUCUGGACGGAGCCGUGUAUUACUCCAUGUGUCAGGCCAACGCCAUCGCCUGCAGAACCAAGACGUCCACUUUCUCACACUUCGGCAUGACCUGCACAGCGGAAGACAAGGUGUUUGCGACGGUCUCUGAUGUGGUGGAGAUAACCACAAGGUUUGGGAAAAUGCCGGUAUGUGGUGACGGCUGGGAUAUUGCCGCAGCAAACGUGGUUUGCCGAAGCGUUAAAGGAGUCGACAAAGGAGCAGAGACGGCAUCUAACGUUUCAUACGAGUCUGCCGGUGAAGAGUGUAUGAAGGUUCGCUGCACGGGAUCUGAGCUCUCAUUGGCCGAGUGCACGAUCUACGAUCGACAGCCAAUCACAGAGUCUGGGGUGGCCACUUUAAAGUGUUACGAGGGACUUCCAGACGGACCUCAGUACUUCCUCUGUGUGAACGGGAAACAUAUACAGCGUGAAAAAACCUGCGAUGGUGUUGAUGACUGUGGAGACAACAGUGAUGAGAUGUGCUGCCAAAAAUGUCGAGACGGGGCGUUCUUCUGUGAAACGGGUGUCUGUAUUCCCCAACACGCCAUCAAAGAUGGAAUCAGGGACUGUCUGGGAGGAGAAGACGAGAUCAAUGAACUCAGUCCGAAAAUAGAAGAAACACCAGGGCUUUUUACUGAUCCAAUGUCAGAAAUUAAAGAAAUACGCUCGUCUGCUGAGAGCCAGCUGGAGUGUGGCAUUCCCAAUAAAGAUUAUGUGUACAAACAAGCGGACGAAGCAACUUCCAGUCGGCGCAGGAAGCGCUUAGUAGGAGGGGAAGAGGCCUUACCGACUCAGAUACAGUGGCAGGUGGCCAUUCAGGACGAAGGUUCGAUCCACUGCGGAGGGGCGUAUUUGGGCGGCUGCUGGGUUUUGACCGCCGCCCACUGCGUCAGGCCCAAACCGAAGUCCUUCCGAGUCAAGUUCUCUCUCUGGAAGAAGCAUCGCAAGCAGUCGACCACCGACAGCAUCCCGGUGAAGAACAUCAUCAUCCAUCACGGAUAUGACGCGCAAACGUACGCCAACGACAUCGCUUUGGUGCAGCUGAAGGAGCUCAAUCUCUCAGACAAGUGCAUGGAGGACAAUCCUGCGGUCCGAGCCGUCUGCAUUCCCUGGGCCACCCAACAGUUCCAGCCCAACCACAACUGCACCAUCUCCGGCUGGGGUCGAGACAGAGAGGGGUUAUCAGCAGCGACUCUGAAAUGGGCAAACGUGACGAUAAUCGGUGACUGCGAGAAUUAUUACAAGGACCGUUUCCUCCCUGGAAUGGAGUGUGCAGGUGAUCUGGAGGGGAAGGUGGACUCGUGUCAGGGCGACUCCGGAGGGCCGCUGGUGUGCACGGACGCGUCCGGUCUGUCGUAUGUCUGGGGAAUAGUGAGCUGGGGUGACAAGUGUGGCGAGGCCAAUCAUCCUGGUGUCUACACCAAAGUGGCGCAUUAUUUCGACUGGAUCCGCUCCCACACGGGCUGGGCGGCCGUUACCAAAUUUAACCAGUGAAAGAAGAACAGAUCAGUUCACGUUUGCCGGCUGAUGUUGCUAAAUUUGCUAUUUGUAUGUUGCUAUUAAAAUGCUGGUUAUCGGGCAAUUA